AUGCCGUCCAGCACGCCGUCCAACACGCCGUCCAACACGGCAAAGCUGUCCACCUUGGGCAUGCUCGAUCUGCUUCCCGGUCUUGUCUCGGUUGUUGCAGCCGGCCUGCUCGCCGUGUUUACCGGUCUGUUCCGGGGCCAAAAAGACGCGCCCAGCCUGCAUCUUCACAUUGCGUACGCCGUUUUGCGCAAGGCCACGGCCAGACUCACGCCUCUUCAACUGCAAUUCAUCUCGCCCUUGACCGACGUCGUGUACGAGCAGUAUGCUCGCUCCGCCAACAUCAAGCCCGAGACUGUAGCCCUGGGAGCCGGCGCCCGCGGCCACUGGGUUGGGAAUAAAGACGCGGCAAACGUCCUGAUUUGGUACCACGGCGGCGGCUUCUGUCUGCCCGCAAACCUGGGAUACUUCAAGUUCCUGCAGAGCCUGGUGACGUCGUCGCAAAAGUCGGGCCAGGACCUGGCCGUCUUCGUGCUGACGUACUCGCUGGCCCCGGGCGCGACGUACCCUACGCAGCUCACGCAGGGCGUCGAGGCGCUGCGCUACAUCCUCGACGAGACGGGGCGGAAGCCGUCGCAGGUGCUCGUCGGCGGUGAUUCUGCAGGCGGGAACCUGCUCAUGGGCGUGCUGUCUCACCUCGCCCACGGGCACCCGGCCAUCCGCAGGCUCGAGAUGGACGAGCCGCUCGCGGGCGCGGUUGGCAUUGCGCCCUGGACCCUGAUCGGCGAGUCCCACGCCGACCGGGAGAUUUACCACGGCGGCGACCUGAUCACGCCCGCCGUCGACAAGCCCUGGUCCGGAACGUUCCUGGGCGGCGCCGACAAGGACUACUUUACGAGCGCGUCGGCUGCGCCCCAGAGCUGGCUCGCGGCUUUCCCCGUCAGGCGGGUGCUGAUACUGGCCGGCGGCAAUGAAGUCUUGCUGCCUGCGAUUGAGGACCUGGCAGAGAAGCUCAAGGCCGCCCUGCCCAACGUGGAACUGUUUAUAGGACACCGCGAAGCCCAUGUUGCUCCCGUGUACAACAUUUAUGUCGGGGACAAUACAGAAACACUGCAGGGCAAAAAGAUCAAGGCGUGGUUGAGGGAAAUAUUAUAG